AUGCUGGAUUCAAUCAAGUGCGUGCUGGUGGGAGAUACCGCUGUGGGGAAAACAUCACUCUUGGUACGUUUCACCUCUGAGACUUUUCCCGAUACCUACAAGCCCACAGUGUAUGAAAACACAGGGGUGGAUGUCUUCAUGGAUGGUGUCCAGAUUAGCCUAGGCCUUUGGGACACAGCAGGCAGUGAUGCCUUCAAAGGCAUCCGCCCCAUCUCAUACCAACAGGCUGACGUGGUGUUAAUGUGCUACUCAGUGGCCAACCACAACUCCUUUUUAAACCUGAGGAAUAAAUGGAUUGGUGAGAUCAGAAGCCAUUUGCCUCGAAUCCCCAUUUUAGUGGUGGCCACUCAAACUGACCAGCGGGAAACAGGACCCCAUCACUUAUCCUGCAUCAGCUCAGUUGAUGGGAAGCGGUUGGCCCGGGAGGUCCGAGCUAAAGGCUACUUGGAGUGCUCUGCUCUCAGCAACAGGGGAGUGCAGCAGGUAUUUGAGUAUGCAGUCCGGACUGCAGUCAAUCAAGCCCGAAAACAGAAGAGAAGGAAACUCUUCUCCGUUAACGAGUGCAGGAUCUUUUGA